AUGUUUGUGUAUAAUAAAAUAUUUAAUUAUCAAGCUAUAUUUGACAAGUCUGUUGAAAGCUUGCAUAGCAAAUUAACUUCCAGUGAUUUCAAGAAAUAUCCUGCUCAAAUUGAAGUGUACAACAACAUAGUAAAAAAUUUAAAAUUAUAUGAUGUUGAUGUGAUUCCAUCAAAAGUUUUACCAGCAUCCCUACUUCUAAUUAAUGAUUAUAUUACGGACAAUAAAGUCAAAGGAUUGCAAUGUUGUAUUUCAGUUUUGCAGUGCUUGAAUGGACGAGAUUUCCAAGAAGGCAAUUAUUAUGACGUUAUUUACAACAGCCUUAAGAAAGUUAUAUCAGAAAAAGAUAUAGAAGUUACAAAAUUGGUCUUUCAAUGUUUUCAGGCUUUAUAUGAUGUUCUUCCAGAAGAUGUCAAGCAUACAAAAGUAGAAGACAUGUAUGUGAAUGUCCUUGAUCAACUUUAUGUUGAGUCAAAUUUGUAUAGAAAAGCGGAAUGUAUAAAUUUUACGAGGAUAUUGAUAACAAUGCUCAAGAUCCAUUGUGCUAGUAGAAGUGUUUUUUUGACUAUCAUAGGAGACAAUUUAGACUUAUGUUGCAACGAGACAGUGGCUGAUAUACUACUUCAUAAAAUUUUACAGGCCCUCAAGGAGUGGAUAAGGUAUUGUUGGUGUAUAUGGAAAUUAUCAGCUGGGCAUAAGAUACUUUCGAAUUUAUUUAAAGUGUUGUAUACGUGUAAAAAUGAUGAUUUAGUAACUGAGAUACAGAGCACGAUUAUUAUAAUAAUCAGAUUAUGUAGUGACGACGAUAGAAAAAACAUUACACAUGAAUUAGACCUUAUCAUUUGUACAAUGGACAAUGUGUUUUUGAACAGGAUAAGUGCAAUAAAAAAAUGUAUACUUUAA